GAAAGCACCAUAAAACAUGUAGCAGAAAUAAAGGGAAACAAGAGCAGAAGAAUAAGGAUAUAUUACCUGAACAUUAUGAUCAUGAAUUAAAUCACCAAGAUAGCAUUGAAGUUCUCUCUGAAGAAAAGUUUGCUCAAACUUUG